AUGCUAUCUCAAAUGGAACAUGCCAUGGAAACCAUGAUGUUCAUGUUCCACAAGUUUGCUGGGGAUAAAGGCUAUUUACCAAAGGAGAAUCUGAGAGUACUCAUGGAAAAGCAGUUCCCUGGAUAUCUGGAAAAUCAGAAAGACUCUCUGGCUGUGGACAAAAUAAUGAAGAACCUGGACCUGGACCAGAGCUUCUUUUCACUAAUUGCUGGGCUCACCAUCGCAUGUAAUGAGUAUUUUGUAGUAUACAUGAAGCAGAAGAGAAAGAAGUAG